UAUAAAAGGGUUUCCUAAAGCAGUUUUCAGGGAAAAGUGAAAAUCGCCAGCAUGAAUCAAGAUCAAGUAGCAGCGAAGGACUUCUACAAGUACCAAGUGUGGUACUUCCAGAUCCUGGGAGUUUGGAGGCUUCCCAUUUGGGCCAAGGCUCAACAGCGUCGCUUUCAGGACAUUCGGUUUGCCUUUAUUCUGGUUAUCCUUUGCAUCAUGCUCCUGCUUUUCGCCUUGGCGCUGAUGAAAAGUAUUUCCCAAGUGCGGGAGAUCCUGAAAGUGUUCUUCAUGUUCGCCACCGAAAUAUCCUGCAUGACCAAACUAUUGCACCUAAAACUCAAGAGCCAGAAACUCGCUGGUCUGGUUGAGAUGAUGUUGUCCUCAAAGUUGGCCGUUAAAACUGAGCAGGAAAGACAGAUUUUGGAAUCAUCUAGAAAAGCAGUUGUCCACAUGAGGAACUUCUAUGGCAUCAUGUCCUUUGGGACGGCUUCGUUAAUCCUUUUGGUUCCCUGUUUCGACAACUUUGAGGAGCUCCCACUGACCAUGUUCGAGGUGUGCAGCAUCCAGGGAAGGAUCUGCUAUUGGCUGCAGUACCUCUUUCACUCCAUUUGCCUGCUGCCCACUUGUGUCCUGAACAUUACCUACGAUUCGGUGGCGUUUUCGCUGCUCUGCUUCUUGAAGGUGCAGCUCCAGAUGCUGGUCCUGAGAUUGGAGAAGAUGGGCCCAGUGACAGAUCCUAGGGAUAACGAGAGGAUUGCCGGGGAGCUGCGGGAAUGUGCCGCCUACUACAACAAUAUUGUCCAGUUCAAGGACCUGGUGGAGCUGUUCAUAAAAGUGCCAGGAUCCGUGCAGCUCAUGUGCUCCGUUCUCGUGCUGAUAUCCAACCUGUAUGACAUGUCCACCAUGUCGAUUGCUGACGGCGACGCCAUCUUUAUGGCCAAGACCAGCAUCUACCAACUGGUGAUGCUCUGGCAGAUCUUCAUCAUUUGCUACGCCUCAAACGAGGUGACUGUCCAGAGUUCCAGACUUUGUCACAGCAUCUACAGCUCCCAGUGGACAGGAUGGAACAGGUCGAACCGCCGGAUCGUCCUGCUCAUGAUGCAGCGCUUCAAUUCCCCGAUAAUCCUGCGCACCUUUAAUCCAACCUUUAUUUUCAGCUUGGAGGCCUUCGGAUCUAUUGUAAACUGCUCCUACAGCUAUUUCGCCUUGCUGAAGAGGGUCAACAGUUAG